AUGGCGCCCACCUGUCAUGCGCCACCUAUCACGGCGCCCACUGUCAUGCGCCCACUGGCGCCCACCUUCACGGCGCCACCGUCAUGGCGCCCACCUGCAGCCACCGCGGCGCUGACUGCGCCCACCUGUCAUAGCGCCCACCUGUCCUGGCACCCACCUGUCAUGGCGCCUACCUGCCCACCUGUCAUGGCGCCUACCUGUCAUGGCGCCCACCUGUCAUGGCGCCCACCUGUCAUGGCGCCUACCUAUCACGGCGCCCACCUGUCAUGGCGCCCACCUGUCAUGGCGCCCACCUGUCAUGGCGCCCACCUGUCAUGGCGCCUACCUAUCACGGCGCCCACCUGUCACGGCGCCCACCUGUCAUGGCGCCCACCUGUCAUGGCGCCCACCUGUCAUGGCGCCUACCUAUCACGGCGCCCACCUGUCAUGGCGCCCACCUGUCAUGGCGCCCACCUGUCAUGGCGCCUACCUAUCACGGCGCCCACCUGUCAUGGCGCCCACCUGUCAUGGCGCCCACCAGGCAGGAAACGACUGACAGGCUUCCCAAACGACGCCUAUCGAUUUUGGGGGAAAUAA